AUGUUCAAUGUGAAGAAGGACAUGGCAGAUUACAAAUGGGAAGUUGGAGUGUACUUUAGGUCAAAGGAUGACUUCAAGGAAGCUAUAACAUCAUAUGCUGUCCAAAGUGAAACAUGGCAAUUAAGCAAAUUGGUUGACAAACAUGAGUGCAGUAGAGAGUAUAAUGUGAAAAUAUUGACCACUAAAUGGCUGAGAAAGAGAAUUCAAAACUCUCUGAAAAAUAACCCAAGGAUGAAGAUUAAGGACAUAAACGCAAAGGCUCAAAAGAGGUGGAAUAUGGGUAUUAACAAGACCAAGGCUAUAAGGGAAAGAUUUAAAGCUAGAGACAUGGUUGAUGGAUCUUUGCAGAAGAUUCUGGCUGCAAUAGGGAGAGAUCCAAAUGACAAGAUGCUCCCAGUUGCAUUUGCAGUUGUAGAAGGAGAGAACAGAGAUAGCUGGACCUGGUUUUUGCAGUUGUUGAUUGAUGACCUAGGUGGUCAAGAAGAGUGUUUGACAUACACAUUCAUCUUAGACCAACAAAAGGGUCUACUACUAGCAAUGGAUGAACUUUUGCCAGGUGUUGAACAAAGAUUAUGUGUGAGGCACCUUUAUAAUAACUUUAGGAAGAAGUACCCUGGUAAAAUGUUGAAAGAUGCUAUCUGGAAGGCUGCAAGGUCAACAUAUGUACAAGAUUGGGAGAGAGAAAUGAGGUCUAUGAGACUUAUUAGUGAUGAGGCAUAUUUACAUAUGAUGAAGACAUCUCAAAGAUUCUGGAGUAAAUCACACUUUAAGGUAACUAACAAAUGUGAUACUCUACUCAACAACAUGUAUGAGACAUUCAAUAGUGUGAUCCUUGAGUCAAGGAUGUCUGAUGAACAUAUUUUUGAAGUUAAGCAUGUGCAAGAUCCAGCUGACAUGUUCAUUGUGAACUUGAAAGACCACAUAUGUUCAUGUAGGAAGUGGGAGUUAUCUGGUUUGCCAUGUGUUCAUGUAUUGUCAUGUAUGAAUUGUAGGAACUUUAAAUUUGAAGAUUUCAUUCCAGAGUACUAUAGGAAGAGUAGGUACAUUGCAGUCUACAAACCAAUUAUAUAUCUUGUGAAUUGUUUAAACUUAUGGGCAAGGACACACUACCCAGAUGUGCAUCCUCCAAAGUACAGAAAGAUGCCUGGUAGACCAAAGAAGAAGAGGAAUCUUGAACAAGGAGAGCUUGAUGGGACUGGCAGAAAAAUUAGGAGGACAUGUCUGAUUGUGAAGUGCAAUAGAUGCAAGAAGUCAGGGCACAAAAAAGCUACAUGUAAGGUGACAGGGCUUGCACAACCAACUACUCAACAAACAUCAUAA